UGACUACGUAGUUAACGUUUUGUACACAUUGAGGCGUUUUAUCAUAUAUUUCUGUCGUUUCGAGUAGAGUGUAAUGAAGUGUAGUCUGUAGCAUGGUGUAAGAUUUGAUUUUUCAUUCGAUGAUACACGAUGGGCGAAAAUUUAGAAAACAUUAACCCGAAGCUCUACAAGAAAUUGGAUGACCGAGAGAUCACAGUCGAGGAGCAAGACGAGGAUGUCGCGGAUGAAUUUGACGCGCGAGAGAUAUUUGAUAUAAUUAGGAACAUCAAUGAUCCGGAGCAUCCUUUGACUCUGGAGGAGUUGAACGUAGUAGAGCAGAAUCUCAUCGAGGUUAACGACAGGAGGAACACAGUGGAUAUUAAAUUCACGCCCACGAUUCCGCAUUGCAGCAUGGCCACUCUGAUUGGAUUGUCCAUUCGCGUGCAGUUGCUGCGUGCCUUACCCGCUAGGUUCAAGGUCAGCGUGGAGAUCUCCCCAGGCACUCAUGUCUCGGAGGCGGCAGUGAACAAGCAGCUCGCGGAUAAGGAACGAGUGGCCGCUGCUCUGGAAAAUUCCAUGCUGCUUGGCGUGAUCAAUCAGUGUUUGGCACCGAGAAAUUAGCAAGCUGUACAAAUUCCAAGAGUCUCAUGUCUAAAGCAACAACCGUAAAAUUUUAUUAUGUAUAUAUGUGAUAAAGUAGCUCUCAUACCUCAGUACAAUAAAAGAAGAGUUGGCUACGUUUUUUAAGACUCGGAUGCAGUAUGUGAAUAACGAGUUUUAAUAGUUGAAAUUUAAUGUAUUAUUUAAUAUAGAUAUAUAUUAGUAAAAUGAUUACAAUAAAUAUUGUUACUAAUUUACUUUGUAUUUACUGAUUAGUUUACUGUGUAUGGUUUACUAUAUAAAUAUUGACGAAUAUUAA